AUGGCUACUCGAGUAUAUAUUGGUCAUUUGUCGUAUCGUGCUUCUGAACGUGAUAUCGAACACUUCUUCCGUGGUUACGGACGUAUUCGUGAUAUCGUUCUGAAGAAUGGAUUCGGAUUUGUGGAAUUUGAUGAGCCGCGGGAUGCUGAUGAUGCAGUAUACGAUCUCAAUGGAAAAGAAUUAGCUGGUGAACGAGUAAUGUUGGAGUUCUCAAAGCGUGGUCCAAGAUCCGGUGGAGGCGGACGUGGCUUUGAUCGUUAUCCACCUCCAAGAAGAGAUGCAAGAUAUGGUCCUCCAACACAGACACGUCAUCGUAUGAUCGUCGAAAAUUUGUCAACCCGUAUCUCUUGGCAGGAUCUGAAAGAUUUGAUGCGCAAAGCUGGUUGUGAAGUAACCUUCGCUGAUGCCCACAAGAAUGAAAGAAAUGAGGGGGUUGUAUGCUUUGCUACUCGUGAAGAUCUGGAGCGUGCUCUAGACAAGCUUCAAGGUGAAGAUGUGAAUGGUCGCAAGCUCAAGUUGAUUGAUGAUUCUGAGAAGCGCAGUCGCAGUCGCUCUCGUGAUAGGAAAUCAAGAAGCCGUUCGCGCUCAAGGAGUCGCAGCAGAUCUCGCUCGAGAUCGCGUUCGGCUACUCGCUCACGCAGUGCUUCUCCACAGAAGAACGGUGACGCUGAAGAUGGUAGCAAGUCGAAAUCGAAGUCCCGCUCAAGGAGCCAGUAA